CGGUUAUAGCCAUUGUCGGUGUGAAAAGGGACCAGGUGAAUAGGUGUAUUUCUUUCAGGAGAAUUUUUCAGUUUGAUCUUUCGAUGUAAAGUUUCAGUUUUCGACUUCGUCUUUUCGAUCAUCGACAUAGGAUCAUAGGAUUUCUUUUGAGCUGGAUAUGGAAUCUGCAACUCAACUUUGUCUUGUAGUACUUUUUGUGACAACUUUUGUGAAUGAAGCACUCGGUGCUAAGGAUAAAGAGCUAUACUGUGGUGUAUGCCGUGUCAUUGCGGAUGAGCUUCAGUGGGAAAUUUCUCAAGUUGAUCCCAGAAAGACUUUAGAGGUGGAGAGUUUCAGAGUGGAUCCAAGAGGUAACCAAAAUACCAAAAAGAUUCAAUAUGCAAGAUCAGAGACUCAUCUGAUAGAACAGCUUGAUAAUAUGUGUGAAAAAAUGAAUUCGUACGCUGAGUCGACAGAUCCCAACACUGGAAAGAAAUCAUACAUCAGAACCUCGUCGCGAUCUGGUGAGGCAGUCACACUCAGUAAUGUGGCAAUCAGUGGUGACAUAGCUCAGAAGCUCAAACAUGCAUGUGAGAGUAUUAUAGAGGACUAUGAUGAUGAUAUUAUAGCAUCCUUCAAGAAAGAGCGCAAGGAUCCAAAGAAAUAUAUGUGCCGCACGACCACAGGUUUAUGCAUUGGUGAUGAUGACGAGUAUGAUGAUAGUGACGAUGAAACUGAGAGUGACAAUGAGCCUGCAGAAACUGAACAUGAUGAACUUUGACCAUGAUUUAACAAUUUAAUAGAAGAAAAUUACUUUUUUGCACAUUGAGUUGUUAUGCAAAGUUAGUAGGUACUUGUCUGAAAAGUGUAUCAUUUAUGAAUUUUGCAAUAAAAUCAAAAUAAAUACUAUCAAAUUUGGC